AACAAAUCAAUAAAAACCUAAAAAAAAAAAACUUCUCGGCUAGUUUCAUCUAUCUUUUUUGUUUAAUAUUUAAAAUUACAUGCAUUUGUUAAGUGUAUAAAAAUCCAAUCAAAAAACAAAUCUAUAAAAAGUUACAAAUUUGGAAUUUGAAUUAUUUUAGUGAAUUUUUACUUAGCAGGAGACCUCUCAACAUAUUGCACCGAAAAAAGUAUCCCAGAAAUAAAACUGCAGUGAGAGUACACAAACACUUGGGUUGAAUAAUCUAUAUCAAUAUUUACAAACAAACUGAUCUAAAAAUCGGAACGUCUCAUGAAAUCUAUCUCAUGCGUAACUAAGUAAUUUAUUUUGUCCAGAAAAAAACAAAUAGAAUAUUCUAUUUCCAUCGUCACUUAAAUUUAUUUUGAUAAAAAAAUAUUUACAAUUUUUGGAAAUCGCCGGUAUUAAUUAGAAAGAGAAUAAAACAAAAUUGUGUUAAAUAAACAUUUGAAAAUUGCAACAAAAAGAAAAUAACAAUUUGGAAUUACCCUAAGAGUGUAUAAAUUAUUAUAAGAACAUGUUUAGUCCAGAUUAUGAGAAACGGAUUUUAAAACAUUGUAGUCCUGUUGCCCGGAAUUUAUUUAAUUCGUUCGAUGCAGCUAGCACAUCAACAUCACUAGAUCGAUUUAUACCAUGCAGAGCAAAUAACAAUUGGCAAACAAAUUUCGCCUCAAUUAGUAAAUCAAAUGAAAAUUCACCACAGACUAGCAAAAAGCAGCGCGACUGUGGUGAAUCAGCCCGCGAUAGCUUAGCAUAUUCUUGCCUUCUUAAAAAUGAGCUCCUUGGAACAGCUAUUGAAGAUGUCAAAGCAGUUAGUGAUGAGCGGAAUGAGAAUAACUAUCUACCGAGUGCAAAAAAGAAUCUUUUCAAAUACCAGUCACCAACAAAACAGGACUUCAACGAACAAUGCCCAUAUUCGUUAUCACCAGUCAGUACUAAAAGCCAAAAACUUCUAAGGUCUCCUAGGAAAGCAACAAGAAAGAUAUCAAGGAUUCCAUUUAAAGUGUUAGAUGCCCCUGAACUACAAGAUGACUUUUAUUUGAAUUUGGUCGACUGGUCAUCGCAAAAUGUAUUAGCCGUUGGCCUAGGCAGCUGUGUAUACCUAUGGAGUGCGUGUACAAGUCAAGUUACACGAUUAUGUGACCUUAGCCCAGAUGCGAAUACAGUAACCUCCGUAUCAUGGAACGAACGUGGCAAUUUAGUAGCUGUUGGCACACAUCACGGUUAUGUUACCGUGUGGGAUGUAGCAGCCAGCAAACAGAUUAAUAAACUGAAUGGUCACUCUGCUAGAGUUGGCGCUUUAGCUUGGAAUGGUGAUAUCCUAUCAAGUGGUUCCCGAGAUCGUUUGAUCAUCCAACGGGAUACUCGCACACCAGCCCAACAAUCUGAACGGCAUUUAGCUGGUCAUCGGCAGGAAGUGUGCGGCUUGAAAUGGUCUCCAGACAAUCAGUAUCUGGCAAGUGGAGGCAAUGACAAUCGUUUGUAUGUCUGGAAUCAACAUUCCCUAAAUCCGGUGCAAUCGUACACGGAGCAUAUGGCCGCAGUAAAGGCAAUCGCAUGGUCUCCCCAUCACCAUGGACUGUUGGCAAGUGGUGGGGGAACAGCUGAUCGUUGCAUACGCUUCUGGAACACACUAACUGGCCAACCUAUGCAGUGUGUGGAUACAGGUUCGCAAGUGUGCAAUCUCGCCUGGUCAAAGCACUCCUCCGAACUGGUAUCCACACAUGGCUAUUCGCAAAAUCAAAUUCUGGUUUGGAAAUACCCCUCACUUACACAAGUUGCUAAACUAACUGGACACUCAUACCGCGUAUUGUAUCUUGCACUGAGUCCGGACGGAGAAGCGAUUGUCACUGGAGCUGGAGAUGAAACAUUACGCUUCUGGAAUGUAUUUAGCAAAGCACGUAGCCAAAAAGAAAACAAAUCUGUGCUUAAUCUCUUUACAAAUAUAAGAUAAAUUCAAUAUUAGGAUAAUUUAUAUAAAAAAAAAAACUAAAAAAAAAAAAAACACCUCCUCUUCUACAUAUAGAUCUUGGCUUCAAAUUGUAUUCUUAGCUCUAUAUCAGUGGCUUCCGUUCCUGGAAAUUCCAAAUCAAAGAAUAAUUAUUAUUUAGCUUGCAAUAGUCACUAUAAUUAUUAUUUUUUUUUUUUUUAAUUUUUAUUUUUUUCUUUUUAUUUUUAAUUUUCAUUUGUUAACAAUUUUUUAAUUUUGUUAAAAACAAAUUUAUAAUAUAUUUUAUAUUUACUUCUUUCAUAUGCAUUAUGCGUAUGUCUGUAUGCGCUUGGAGUUAGGAAAAAACAAACAAAUAUUAUACAGAAAUAAUAAAUUAAAACUA